GCAUGCGCGUUCAGCCUCCUUUACCGGAAAAGGCUAAUGUUUUGGUUUUGAACCGCGUCAUUGUCCACAUGCAAGGCUACGUUGAUUGUCACUGUCAUAUCUCUGCGGGGGAUUUUGACAAGGACAUAGAGGAGGUAAUUGAGAGCUCAAAAAAGGCUGGGCUGUUUGCGCUAUUAGCUGUAGCUGAGCAUGCUGGGGAAUUUGACAAGAUUAUUGAGUUGUCACAGAGGUUUCCAGGUUUUAUUUUUCCCUGCCUAGGAGUCCACCCUGUUCAACAAGUAUCCCCGGAGCAACAGAGGGGGGCUUGUCUCCAGGAUCUAGAUGCUGCUCUACCCAUAAUAGAGAAAUACAAAGACCACCUUGUGGCUAUUGGAGAGGUUGGUUUGGAUUUCACACCCAGAUAUGUCAGGAGUGACACUGAUAAAGAGAGCCAAAGGCAGGUCCUCAUUCGUCAGGCACAGAUAGCCAAGGAACUGGAUCUCCCUCUAAAUGUUCAUUCACGGUCUGCAGGAAGGCCCACCAUCCACCUCCUGAAGGAGCAAGGUGUCGAAAAAGCCCUGCUUCAUGCUUUUGAUGGGAAACCGUCUGUUGCCAUGGAGGGAGUGAAGGCUGGAUAUUUCUUUUCUAUCCCACCAUCUAUAACACGGAGUGAACAGAAGCAGAAACUUGUGAAACAGUUGCCAUUAGAGAACAUCUGUCUAGAAACGGAUUCACCGGCUCUUGGUCCAGAAAAGCAGGUGAGAAAUGAGCCCAAAAACAUCUGUAUCUCUGCUGAGUACAUCAGCAAGAUCAAAGGAGUGGCGCUGCAGACGGUGAUGGAGGUGACGACACAGAAUGCUCUCCGACUCUUCCCAAAGCUAAAGUCUGCCAUCAGACCCUGACAAAGCCUUUAAAGUUGAUUUCAUCAGUCUAGAGUCGCUUUUUAUUUGUUUACCCAAAUAACUAAAUGUGGAAGUCUGAUUAAACCAAGAUACCCUUAAGUGUAAAUCAAUAAAAAGCAGAGGGUCAGAUAAGGUGUAAAUCAGUGUCAGAGCCACAUAGUUAAAGCUGAAAAACCUGUAUGUGGACAAUAUAACUGCACCUGAGUGCUGAAAAACAUUUAUUAAUCUUGUUUAACUCCUAAAUAAAGGAAGAUUUCACACACAA